AUUAUAAUUAUUUUGUUAUUAUAAUUUUCCCUUCAAGCAAGAGCAAAAGUCUGAAAUUCUGUUACCAUCAUUAUUCUGAGUUUGGGAAACCCUAAUUUGUUCGUUGAUUCAAUACUCAUAUAUCUCAAAAGAGUGAAAAUACUUGCAGCGAAGCGACUAAUUCAAAGAUUAUCGGCUUAUUCAAACACGCAAUCGUCGACAAAGGCUAGGGUUUGAAUUGAAUUAGUCACCAUGAGAUUAAAAAAGGGAAGUAAAGUGGAGAUCCUUGACAAUACCCAGGGGUUUGGAGCGGAAUGGCAUUGUGCCCAUAUUGUUUGUGGUAAUGGGCACUCUUACAAGGUUCAGUAUGACGAUAUUGGAAAGGCAAAAAAUAAUAGAGUUUCAAGGAAGGCCAUCAGACCAUGCCCUCCUUCUAUUGCAAAUAUUGGAUGUUGGAAAGUUAACGAAAUUGUGGAGGUUUACAUUGCUGGCUCUUGGAAAGAAGCGACUGUACUGAAGUACGUUAGUGGAGAUUUCUACUUGGUAAGGUUACGGGGAUCUAACAUGGAACUGAAGGUCCACAAAGAUGACACAAGGAUAUGCCAAUCAUGGAAAAAUGGUCAAUGGAUCAUAAGUCCAAUGGGACCAGCCAAGUCUGGAGUUCUCAAGUUUAGUCGGAAUUUGAUAUCAAACAACUAUAAGAGGAUGCCUGAAGUUCAGCAAGCUAAAAAUGUUUGUUCACCUGGAUUGGAUGCCAGCUGUAUCCAUCUACCCUCACCUCCUACAUUGAAAAGAUCGUCCUCCCAUGGCUCAUCUCAUAUCGAAGAUUAUCCCAGAAAAAAGAGGGCUGUGUUGAUAAGUGAGACUGAAAGAUUAAAAGCAGUAUCCACUGCUCCGUCGCUGGAAAAGGUAGAUGCUAUUGCUUACCCACAGAAUAAUAUGGGUGAAAAAUACAUGCAUUAUUCCUUCAUUAAUAGUACCAAUCAAUUUUAUGAAACGAGGAAGGAGAAUCCUUGUAAUAUUACCACACUCUUUCCCGAAACCAUUAGAGAACCAGAUUAUUCUUGUAGUAAUCUGAGCUCAGUCGGCAGCUGUAGUGUAUUAAGUGGUAGGGGAAAUGAAUUUUUUGGUGAUACGUUAGCAGGUCCUUGCCAAAGUGAUGAAGAUACCCUUCGCAGUGAUGCAGAUUCUUUAGAUAUUGAAGAUGCAAAUGGAUUUUUUUGUGACCGGUUAGCAGGUGUUUGUGAAAGUGAUGAAGAAACAUGUUGCAGUGAUGCAGAAUCUCUAGAUGUUGAAGAUGUGGAUGAAGGAUGCACCAUUCUUCCAAAAGAGGUUGUUACAAAAAGAAUCCAUAGGGCCAGUGUAGGAGGCUUGCAUGCCUUGCUUCCAAUGGCUAAAUAUGAUACUAGGUUUGCCUCUUUUUCUCUCUGCAAAUUAAUUGGUGACAUCUACCAUUAAUUAUCUCAGAGAUAAGAUAUUUCUGACCUCUGUUUGUUAUGAUUGUUUAUGUGCUUUCCAAUAAUACUGGAUAUCUCAGGUGUGCUUAGAACUCACACUUGCCAUGUCAUGGCCAGAACAUGAACUUGCUUAAAAGCUGCAGACACAACCAUCAUAUCUAUGGAUGAUCUACUUAUGCUUUUAUUCAGAUAAUGGUAGUCUAUUUUAUUUAUUUGCAUACUGUGUGAAUUAUCUUCAUGUGACUUGAACGAUUUAUCCCAUCAGUUGAAAAGCAAGAUGCCAGGAUGUAACAAACUGUACUGAUACUUUGCUAACCGGUAAAAAACCUCACUUUGCUCUUAUUCUCCAUGAUCGACCAACUAGGUUCCUUCAGGGUUUUAUGGUUGUUUUUAUUGUAUCCUCCUCUCUUUUGGGUUUGUCACAGAGCAACUCCAACUCUCACUCUCCUCUGGUAUUCAUUUAUCACACAUUUACAGUGUGCGAUCUCUUGUUUAAAAUACUCACAGGCAUUAUUGUGCGUUUUUAUUUAUUUAUUUUAUGAACACUCUUGAAUUGACUGCUUUGAGAUAGAGCAUAGUUUUAAUCACUGAUCUCGUCCAGGGUAGAUUCAUUUUAUUGUUUUUGUCUCUAAUUGAUUUUGUUGUUUAUUAGGUUAUUUUGGUUUAUGGGUGUCUACUGAUUUCAAAUUAAGUGGGGUUGAUACAUUUUGCUAACCUUGCAACUCACCUUAGUAAAUACAUAAUUUUUAAAUGUCAAUUUUUUGUAAAGUUAGCAUGUAACCUUGAUAUUGAUGAACAUCCUCGUCUUGGCUAUUUGAAAGCUUAAUUAGCUAAACAUUAUGGUUCUAUGCAUUUGUUUUAAAGAUAUUCUAAAGUUUGUUUAGGUUAUUCUGGUUGUGUAUUUAGUUUUGGCUGUUGACUGUGUGUCUCUUAUUUUUGUACUGGUAUUGCUGCCGAGCUAAUCAAGUUUUGACUUUGAUAUCAAAAGGCUUAUGGAAAGGAUGUAUUUAAAAAGAUGAUACCAACAAAUGAGUAUUGAUGCACGAUUGAUUGUGUGCGACUCACUAGGACUGCUGUUGAGCUAGUCAAUCUUGACUCAACAAAGUAUCCAAGAAGAUGAUUUGAACAAGCAACUUUAUGCACAUUGUUUUUGUUCCCUUGCAUAUUAAAGUAAAGUACGAUAUGUUUUCUUUAUUUGAAAUGGAAUUCUAAUUCUAUCUGUCUAUGUUACAGUUCAAAAUGUGGUAUUAGUUCUUUACUUAACUUUUA